CAGCAAGCAGCGGUUUUGACGGAAACAGGCAGCAGAACCGCGCGAAGCUCAACGACUAUUACAUGGAGCAGUCGUCGCACGCCGUCGCGCGGAACUGUCAUCGCGUCGCAACUGUUAUGCGAGUAGCUAGUCAGCCCAUUAUUUUCAAUGUACAAUCGCUCUAAGCGUAUCUACCUCUCACCUUCUCCAGAGCCCGUCCGUAGUACGUCGCGUCGCGACCCUCAGAGCAUGCGACACGCUUCAAGUGUUAGUCCACUCGAAACUCUCAUUUGUGUUAUUAAACCGCUUUUUUUUUACUUGUCGUUUUCAGUCGCGUGGUUGAUCCGAGUUGAUCGAAACAGCACGGAGAUGGUUCCGUCGAUGCCUUUCAGCUGACGUGGAAGUUUUCUCGACUGACUCCAAGUGUUUCCUGCGCGACUCGAAACCCUAGUUUGCGAAGACUGUCGUGGGAGGUAGAGGCGGGGAGGCGGAGAGGCGGAGAGGCGGGGAGGCGGGGAGGCGGAGAGGCGGAGAGGGUGUUGCGGGGAAGCGAAGCGGGGACGAGUGGGCUUACGGCUACUGCCAUUUUUAAGGAUCAAAUCGAGAUCAAUUGAUCAACUGGUUAAGUUUCAUGGAGGAGCAUUUCGUGUUACGGUUACCACCUUCGCUAGCAGCGCGGAUGGACAGAGUGUUGAGGGAAGACCCCGCCGCUGCUGGGGAUGCCGCAUUGGAGCUGUUCUUCCAAGCCGAUGGCCGCACCGGGUCGUUCGUGAUGGGCGGAGAGGCCUUCUCCGCGAAUCUGCUGGACCUGCCUGCUGUGGUGGAGUCGUGGAAGACCUAUGAUGAUAACUCGCUAGUUAAAACUGCGGACGUGGGCCAGAUGAUAGUGGUUCGGGAGCCAUCAGAAGCAGAGCGGCCGAUAGAGGGACCAGAAAGCCGAAACGGUUUAACCCCUCCCAUGCGGGACGUGAGGAGAAGGCGCUUCAGACGAGAGCCCGACCUCAAUCCGGAGAUAGUGGAGGAGGUGGAGACGGAGCUCAGAGGCAUCAUGGCGGGAGGAGCAGCCAAAGAUGUGGAUAUCCCCCUCCACACGCUCUCACUCCCCCCAUCUCUUACACCCCUCACUCGCUUUUCGUCUCAGCUUCUCCCUCACUCACUCCCUUACCCUCUGAGAGCCCUAUUUUCUCUGCAUACCUCCUCUUACUCAGCUUAAGUUCAUAGGUGCUUAAAGCAACGUACUUGAUCUCUAUAGUCCCUCCCACAUCCUUUCGUUGAAAGCGUAAUUUUGUAAAUCUCUUUGUUGUUUCCUUGACCAAAAAUGGCUUGCUUCUCUCCCCACUUUUCUCCUGCUUUCCUGCCAUCCCGCAUCCUUCGUUCCCUUGUCCGUUCUGUCUUCCCUUUCUUUGCACCCUGCUAUCCCUUCCGGCUGCUCUCUCUUCCUUCCUUUUGUCCGCCCUCUUGCUCCUUCCGUCUAUACCCUCUUUGGGGCUACCCUGGCCCGACAAAUAUCCCGCGACGCCCGCAUGCAUAUCUGGACCGUUCCUGGCCGCUGGAUCGGCUGGUUGAGUCCUUGCUGUUGGUUGCUCGUUUCUGGCCGUCGGAUCGAGCACAGCUGGAAGUGAUGGAGCAUGAGGAGGAUGCGGAGG